GAAAAGGUCUUGCCGGCUGCCAAGGGGGUGUCUCGCUUUCGCGCCAUCAAUCCCUCUCUACUCCCCGCUGCAAGUCGCACUCGCCUUCCUCCUCUUUAAACCGCCCGCCAUGAGACGCUCUCACUCUCCUUCCUCCCCGUCUUGUCUCCUCCGCUCGUGCUGAGGAGGAGGAGCGACGAGGAGGAGCUAUGUCCGUCGCGGGCGCCGGCGGCGAGGAGACGCCGCUGCCGGCGUGCGACUUCUGCGCGGGCCUGCCGGCGGUGGUGUACUGCCGGGCCGACUCCGCCAGGCUCUGCCUGCCGUGCGACCGCUACGUCCACGGCGCAAACACGGUGUCCACCCGCCACGCGCGGGCGCCGCUCUGCGCCGCGUGCCGGUCGGCCGCGGCCGCGUUCCGCCGCAGCGCCGCGGGGUGCGGCGGCGGCUGCCUCUGCGCCGACUGCGACUUCGAGGAGGGGCACCGCCGGGACGGCGACCCGCCGCCGCUCCACGACCGUCGCGCCGUGGAAGUGUACGCCGGGUGCCCCUCGAUCGCCGAGCUCGCGGCGGUCCUCGGCGUCGGCGGGAGAAAGAAGGCGACGACGGUGGCCGGGGAUGGGAACGGGGUCGGGUGGUGGCCCGACUGGGAGGAGCUCCAGGUGCUCCGGCUGGAGGACGUGAUCGUGCCCACCACCUCGUGCCAUGGCCUCCAGCCGCUCCUCGCGCCAUCCUCCGCCCCAAAGCACCGGAGCUCCGGCGGGAAGCUGGCUGAAGAGGUAAUUCGGCAGCUGGGGGAGCUCGCCAAGUCGGAGGCGGCGGCGGAAGCAGCCGAAGCUGAGCAGUUUCCUUCGUGGGCUUCAUCAGAGUAUGGCAUUGGAGAUGGCGAUUUCGAGGUUUUCCACAACAAGGCUGCAAGCAUGUCCGUCCCUUCUUGUGAGCAGGAAGCGUGGAUGACGACCGACGACAGCAACGGCGCCUGCGGGAUGGCGCAUGACGCAGCGCACGACCAGGCCCCAGCGGCGGCGAGCUCGCCGGCCGAGCCGUCCCUGUCCUCGUUCGUGGCGAUGUCAGAGAUCUGCCCCAGCAUGGCCAUCGGCAACAGCGUCGGCGACGUCGUCGACAACGGCAGCAGCAAGCGAGACGCCGCAGAAGCAACAGCCCCGCGGCAGCAUGCCGCGCCGGCGCCGGCGAAGAAGGCCGGCUACGACGUGGCCUACCCCGACCGCGGCACGGUGAUCUCGCGCUACAAGGAGAAGCGCAAGAACAGGAGGUUCGACAAGCAGAUCCGGUACGAGUCGCGCAAGGCCCGCGCCGACGGCCGACUGCGGAUCAAGGGCCGCUUCGCCAGGUCCGGCGAGGCCAGCUGAUCGAUCGGGAUGCUUGGCGGCGAAUGGGCGAUCCCACCGACGGUGAGCUAGGUAGCUAGGGUGUGGGCACGGCGAAGAAGGGGAGCCGGGCCUCUCUGCUCUGUAUCUAUUUGUGACUAGGAUGUCGACGGCGCGCCAUGCGUUCGUUGUUCGCGCUUCGAUUUGAUGCUCGCAUCACGUGCUGCUGCUGCUGUCGAACAUGGUGAUGCUUCCU